AAGGUUUCUCUUGACUAUGAAGAUUAUUUCAAUUCCUUGAAAGAUGACAAUUUAAUUGAUUCAAACAUUAACAUCUCAAUGUUUUAUAAAUGGCGACAAGGAAGGCAAAGAGAUGAACGAAAUCCAUUUUUAGAGUGGCUUCAAUAUAUUUUAGGGAUUACAACGACAACUCCAACUCCUCCACUUGUACCACCAGAUGAUUGUGAAGAGUGUUCAUGUGGAAAAGCAAAUGGUAGAAGAAUUGUGGGUGGCACUGAAACAGGCAUCAAUCAAUAUCCUUGGAUGGCAAUGCUUUUAUAUUCAAAUCGAUUCUACUGUGGUGCAGCACUUAUAAACGACAGAUAUGUUCUGGAAAGAUUUAUUUCACAUCAGACGGCAAGCCACUGUGUUCAUGGAUUUAAUCCAACGAGAUUAUCGGUACGUCUUCUUGAACAUGACAGAUCGAUUUCAACUGAAUCAAAAACGAUUACGAGAAAGGUGAAGAGAAUUGUAAAACAUCCACGUUACUCACAAUCAAACUACGAUAAUGACAUUGCACUCGUUCAACUUGAUGAACCUGUUGAGUUUGAAGGAAUUUUAAAUCCAGUUUGCUUAGCAAAAUCUGGCAAGACUUACAGUGACAGUGAUGGAAUCGUCACAGGUUGGGGAACAUUGAAGGAAGGGGGUGAUGUAUCAAACACAUUGCAAGAAGUUGUAGUUCCUAUUAUGACAAACAGUGAAUGUAAGGCAACUGGAUAUGCAUCAAGUAGAAUUACUGAAAACAUGCUUUGUGCUGGCUUUGAAGAGGGAAAGAAGGACAGUUGCCAAGGCGACAGUGGUGGACCCCUUCAUGUUUUUGACAGCGAGAAACAAAUUCAUGAAAUUGUUGGUGUUGUGUCGUGGGGCGAUGGAUGUGCGAAAAAAGACUACCCAGGCGUUUAUGCACGAGUAAAUCGAUACUUAAAAUGGAUCAAAACGAACACAAUUGAUGCGUGCAGUUGCUCGUAAUUAUUUUCACCACUUUUAAUAAAAGUCUUCUGAC